AAUUAUCCAGUUAGUCAAUGGAAAUUGGAACGUAGGAACGGGAACGUCUGACGGACGGGGAAAUAUUUUUGGUCUUUGCCGUGUUUGUUCGCCGUUUCCGUGCCCUGCCCACAAAUUCCUGAAAAAGUUGUUAAAAAGUUGUUUGUUCACAGUUUAGACGGUUAUAAUCUACAAAUUGUAGAAAAAUGCAAACGAUUAAAUGUGUCGUAGUGGGCGACGGGGCAGUUGGUAAAACCUGCCUUCUGAUAUCGUACACAACCAAUAAGUUUCCAGCAGAGUAUGUUCCGACAGUAUUCGAUAAUUAUGCUGUAACCGUUAUGAUUGGAGGAGAACCUUACACACUAGGGCUUUUCGACACAGCAGGUCAAGAGGACUACGAUCGUCUCAGGCCGCUGUCGUACCCACAGACAGACGUAUUUUUGGUAUGUUUUUCGGUCGUUAGCCCCAGUUCGUUCGAAAACGUUAAAGAAAAGUGGGUUCCUGAAAUCACUCACCAUUGUCAGAAAACACCGUUUCUUCUGGUCGGCACACAGAUCGAUCUUCGCGACGAGAGCGGUACUUUAGAGAAAUUGGCGAAAAAUAAGCAGAAACCCAUCACGAUGGAGCAGGGCGAGAAAUUAGCUAAAGAAUUGAAAGCGGUUAAAUAUGUGGAAUGUUCAGCACUAACACAGAAAGGAUUAAAGAAUGUCUUCGAUGAAGCUAUACUUGCUGCAUUGGAACCUCCAGAGCCAUCAAAGAAAAAGCGAUGUAAAUUUCUAUAAAUUUUUGAUACUAUCAGCACUUGAAAGCUAAAGCAGAACAUUAAAUGCUAUAAAAAUAUUAUGAAGGGUUUAAUAAAUUUAAACUAGAGACCUAAAUUUGAGAAGAAAUAACAAAACAUGCAUACAAACUUAAGUUAUGAGUAUAAUGACAGAUAAAAGUAAGUGGAAUUACUGCUGGAAGAAAAGUUUUGCACUAACAAAUUUCUAAAAAAUAUAUAUAUAACCUAAAAACAAAAUAUUUAUUAUUUUUAAAAGAAAAAGUUUGUAUUAUCUAUGAAUUGAAGUAUUGAUCAUAGAUAUUUUUACACAUUAUAUAAUUCUGUACUUGCGAAUUUGUCUACUUUUUUUUAUUUUCUGGAUUACAACUUUGACCGCGUAUCAAAUGCACACUUAUGUUUGGUAUCUUGCAACGUAGUCGGGAAAAAUAAAGCGGAAUGGCGCAGAGAAAGUAUUGUGAUAGGCAUUUUAGAAACAGGACAGCAUAACCUGGACCCAUUCUGUACUUGAAAAUCGUCUUAUACGUUAAAUGCAUAACAAAAGUAUAAUUCAAUUGUUUGAAAUAAACGCACGUUUUGAUACA